AUGGUCUUGGAGCCUGGAAGGCCUUGUCUAGGAAUCCCCAUGUGCUUUCAGGAAAUCGAGGCCAAGGACAUCACUGGAGCCAACGUUUGCUUUGAGUUUCUGCAGCUGCUGACAACGUGCCGGACCCUGAUGGCACCUGGCAGAGGCUGCUUGGUCCUGGCCAUUCUGCUGGCAAUGGUGGACAUCCGACUUGGUGGGUGCUUGCACAUCCUCAGCUCAUUUUCCCAGGAUGGAAAGCAAUUAAGCUUGAUCUGUACUUUGCGGCAUACAAAAGAAGAGGCUGAGGGUGCUAUAGUGUUUUUGUGCAAGGACAGGUCUUCGGGCUGUUUCCCUGAGACCAGCCUGCGGCAACUGAGACUUCGACGGGAUCCCAGGGAAGAUGGCAUCAGCGAAAGAUCAUCUCAGUUGGUGUUCACCAUAAACCAUGCCACACCAUCGGACAGCGGGACCUACCAGUGUUGUGCCACAAGCCAGAGGCCAGAUAUGCGCCUUCAGGGCCACUUUUUCUCUGUUUUAGUCACAGAGGCAGGGAACUACACAGUCAAAGGAUUGAAGCAAAGAAGACACCUCGAGUUCACUCACAGUAAAGGCACUCCCAGUUCAGGCUUCCUGCAAAAGGUCUGGGUGAUGCUGGCCACUAGCCUGCUGGCCCUUCAAGCUUUGUAA